AUGCGGUCUCUCAAUUUGCUGCUCUGGGCAUUGUCCACUGGGGCAUUCGCAGCGCAAAACCCUUUGAACCUGGGUAAGGGCUUCGCGCUAGCUGUGGAUGACACUGCCAACCGGGUGUCGAUCACACAGAACGGUCGGAGAAUCUGGGAGACUGUUCCUGGAAAGUCUUUUGUCAGUGCCAGCGGCGGCGAGGAUAUUGUCACUGCAGCCAAUGGUAAUUUCAAGAUCGAGGAGGUCGACCAGAAUAAAUGCACCGGCCAGGAGAUCACAAACGUCGAACAGCGCUCGUGGAAUGGCACCGUGAAUGGCCAUGCUGCUGUUAUCCAGGGUAAGCUUACAGACUGCGGGGAUGCUAUUGUUCCAUUCUCUGUUGCUUUCUGGGUGCCAUCUCAGUCCCCUGAUCGUAUUGCAUUUAAUGCGCAGGUCAAUGGUGGCUCUUCGUCGGACGCGGCUACGAAAUUGUUUCUUACCUACGCCUCCUCGCCGUCUGAGGACUUUUAUGGCCUUGGAGCCCAGGCGUCGUUUGCUUCUUUGAAGAACCAGUCUGUUCCUAUAUUCUCUCGCGAGCAAGGCGUUGGUCGCGGUGACCAGCCUACUACUGAGCUGAAUAGCGAGGAUGGGUUCUUUGCUGGAGGAGACCACUUCACUACCUAUUCCGCUAUUCCUCAGUAUAUUAGUUCUCAUUCGAGAGUAUUCUCCCUCACCGAGGAGAGCACUGCCUACACAACUUUCGACUUUACUGAGGCUAAUGCUGUUACUGUCCGUUAUGAUGCCCCGUCUGUUGAUGGCUACCUGAUGCAGGCAGACAGCAUGCUCGACGGUAUUACCAUGGUCACCGACUACACUGGAAGGAUGCCUGAGCUGCCUCAGUGGGUCGAUAGCGGUGCAGUUGUCGGAAUCCAAGGUGGACAGGACAAAGUCAACAAAGUCGUCGAGCGAGGCCUCAGCCAGGGAUGUCCCAUUGCGGGUGUCUGGCUCCAAGACUGGUCCGGCACCCACGAGCAGAGCGUCUCGUACAUGAGCUUGAACGUCUCUCGCCUGUGGUGGAACUGGGAGAACGACGCCAACCUGUAUCCCACCUGGAAUGACUUCGUGCAGUCCCUGCGAGACCGCCACGACAUUCGAACGCUGUCGUAUAUCAACCCGUUCCUUGCAAACGUCAGCACCAAGUCCGACGGAUACCGAAGCCAUCUCUACCUCGAAGCUACGAAAGGGGGAUACAUGAUCCAGAAUGCUACCACAAACGGCACCUCCGUGAUCUCCAGCGGCCCUGGCCUUGACGCUGGCAUCAUCGACCUCACCAACUCCGCCGGACGAUCCUGGUUCCGAAACAUGAUGCUCGACCAGGUCUGGAACGCCAACAUCUCCGGCUUCAUGACCGACUUUGGCGAGUACACCCCCGUCUACCCAGACACCCAAUUCGCAGACAAGAGCAUCGACCCCUUCUUCUAUCACAACGCAUACCCCCGCGAGUGGGCAGCCCUCCACCACUGGAUCGGCAAAAGCGUGCCCCAAUUCAAAGACUCGAUCCUCUUCCACCGCUCCUCAUCCAUGUCCGCAAACCGCUACCAAAACUUGUACUGGGCCGGUGACCAGGCCAUUAACUGGGGCGUUAACGACGGCAUCAAGUCGUCGGUCACUGUCAUGGCUCACAUGGGUCUAUCAGGAUACGCCCACGGCCACACUGAGAUCGGCGGAUACACCACAACCUGGAAUAGCAAUGGCGUCGUAAACCGCACUGCCGAACUGCUCGGCCGCUGGGGCGAACUCGCCGCCGUGUCCAGCUCUGUCUUCCGCAGCCACGAGGGGAACGUCCCGCAGGUGAACGCGCAGUCGUACACCAACUCCUCGACCUACGCGUACUUCGCCUACAAUGCGCGCAUGUUUGCUAGUCUAGGCAAGUAUCGUCGGGCUAUUCUCGAUACCGAGAGUAAGAAGCUGGGCUGGCCGGUCCUGCGUAUGCCUGUCAUCUACUACCCGGAUGACCCCAAGGCAAAGGCAAUCAGCUACCAGAGCUUUUUCCUCGGUGCGGAUCUUUAUGUUGCGCCGGUCCUUGACCCUGGUCGUAUGAGUGUGGAGGUUUAUUUCCCUGGUCAGGGUCAGAUGUAUACGCAUGUUUGGUCUGGGAAGGUGUACCGGGGUGGACAAACUGCAAGAGUUGGGGCGCCGUAUGGCAAGCCGGCUGUUUUUGUGGUUGGGAGGCCGCAGCAUGAUCUCCUCCAUGACUUUAUGCAGUUUGUGAAGAAGGAGAAUGGGACAGCUAUUCGUGUUUAG